AUGCAAACCGAUGAGAACGUUCCACACGGCGGAACAAAACCCGAAUACAACUAUUCGGACUACUAUUCCUACUUAAUGCAGAAUCCUUGGAUUCAACAAGCAAUCGCGACAUAUGACUGGACAAAACACAGCAACAAAUUGCUUGAAUCUACUUUGGAUCGCGUUGAGUCCGGUGUUUCCACUGUAGCACAAGCUGCUACUCAGAAGGCAAUGGAUGCUCAUCAGAAUUACUAUGUCCGUCCAAAAGAAGCCGUAGCUUCUGCAUAUAACACAGGCAAAGAAAAAACAAUGUACGCUGUGGAAACAUCGAAGAAUGUCGCAGUCCAAGGUGGUACUGUUGGCCUUGGAGCGGCCGUUGUUGCAACUCAGCUAGGCUUGGCCCUUUCCGCUGGAGGUGCGAAUCUCUUCCUGAACACAAUCGAGGGAGCACAAAACGCUGGCCAGCGUUUUCUUGCUUCUGUUCGCGAUGCUGAGAAAAUGGUUGAAGAGAAGAUCUGGUCUGCUAUUUCUGAGGGGCAGCGUGUUGCUCAGAUCCCUGUGGAUAAACUCGCCGAAAGCACGAACGCGUUCCUGGAUGUGGUCAGCGUGCUUGUUGAGCGAUCUCUUGGAGUGACAGUGGAAGAAGUACCGGAUAGUUCCGUGAAAGAUCGAGUGUCCAGAUUGGCUCAUACAAUUGUUGGUGCUCUCAGCAGCAAGGCUCAUACACAUGUGAUUGAUCCGGUUAAUGCACAGCUACACGCGCUACUCGAACAUCUCAGCAAAAGUUUUAUACUGGUUGAUUUAGUUCGUGAAAAAAGAGAAUGGGCUUUGGAAAAGGUGGAAGAGCUGUCUACUUCUGUUUCUGACUUGAAAACCCGCUUUGAAAAUGAGGCCAAACAGUACAGUACAAAACCAGAGGAACUUCUAAUGAAAAGUAUUCGUACUACCUCAAUUCAACUGAGGGAUAAUUUGCAACAGUUGAAGGAUAAUGGGCAACGAAUUUUCGGCGAUGGAACCCGUGUUGAGUCCCUUAUCACUUAUUUGCAAGAGUUAGACAAGAAUUUGGGAGAAUCUAACGAUAUCUAUCAAGUUAGAGAUGAGGUUUUGUCGGAAGCCCGUCAACGUCUUGCCGAAGUUAGUGCCUGGACCACAAGCAUGCUUACCAGAGAAACCAGAGAAAAGCAGUAA